AUGUCGCUACAUCGCCAGAAACGGAGCCCCUUCAGCUCCCGACCCUUUAUCGUGUCGACUCUCCUCAUAACCUGUCUAGCAACCUAUGCGCUCGUCCUCAGACCCUUCGCGACAUCACGGUUGUUGCGCCAACCCGAACAUUAUCAACAACAACCACAUAAAAUUGCGCGAAUCCUCGCAAGAGGUCACCACAAGCACGAACCGACUGCCCCCGUCGAUUGCCGCGAUGUUCACUUGGCCGACGACCAAUGCGCCUUCAUAUUGGCCAACUGCGAAGACGAGGAUGCCGGCCUAAUACACUAUCUGAGCUUCUACUACUGCACGCUACCCAAUGCGAAACCCGUCGCCUUCGCCGUCCUGACCGCAUGGCUGGGCCUCCUAUUUACCACGAUCGGCAUCGCCGCCAGUGACUUCUUCAGCAUCAACCUCAGCACCAUCUCGAGCGUCCUGGGUCUAAGCGAGAACCUUGCCGGCGUCACAUUCCUCGCCUUGGGCAAUGGCUCCCCGGAUGUCUUUAGCACCUUUGCCGCCAUGAGUUCCAACAGUGGGAGCAUGGCGGUGGGCGAGCUGAUCGGUGCUGCUGGCUUUAUCACUGCCGUGGUAGCCGGGUCCAUGGCCUUGGUUCGCGAAUUCAAGGUCCAGAAACGAACCUUCGUCCGAGAUAUCGUUUACUUCAUUGUUUCCAUCAGCUUUACCAUGAUGUUCCUGUUGGAUCAGGAAUUGCACCUGUGGGAGGCCAACGCCAUGGUUGGCUGCUAUAUCUUCUAUGUCAUCUUGGUGUUUGCGUGGCAGUGGUUCACGGACAGGAGGAGAAAGAGGAAACAACGGGAAGCUGCUGCUCGUGCUCAUUUUUAUGGCUCUACACCCGAGCCAUCAGGAGAGCUGGAGCCAUACCGGGAUCAACCAGAGGAUGAUGAAGCAGCUUCGGGAAAUCAUCGGCCUCGUACUGCUCAGACCGACAUCAGCGCUCUAGAACAUGGUCCUAGAAUAGAAGUGGAAGGACACGGAAUCGCAUCUACACCAAGCGAGGAAGAAGAGGAUGAACACCGCGAUCUGCAAGUGGCUGCAGAGAUGACCAGCAGCAUGCGCGUCAACCGUCCCCGCUGGGGCCGAAGCAACUCCACCAUCACUCCCAUCAGACCUAGUCUUGUCGGUGCUUUGGAAUUCCGGUCGAUAUUGUCGUCAAUACAGAAGGAAAGAAACCAGCAUAGCGGCUACGUCCGUGGACAUCGACGGGGCAAUUCCGAUUACUUCUCAAAUCAACCAUCACUACCUUUGAUUCGCGAGGAUCAGCUAUACCGGGGGCGUCAAUACACCCUCGACACACUGCCGACCCUCUCGACUAUCAGAUCCGGCAGAGACCGCGCCUUGUCAUCCGGACAUUCACCCCUUAACCUGGACAGUCUCGGUUUACCAGCUUUUCGAAGCGGUUCAGAAACGGGGCACACAAGCCCGGCACUAACACCAGGGCCUCGUCCAAACGAGAGUCCCAAUCUGCGUCCAGAUACUAGAGGUAGCUCGACCACCCGAACCGUAGACGGCAGGCUUGCGCCUCCUCUUGAUACCGGAGGUGUCAACCAAGGGUUGCUUCAGCAUCAAUGGAGAAAAACAACACCCAGGACAAUGGGUCUACACCUCCAAAUUCCGGAUAGUACCGCCUCCAGCAACCGGGCAUCGCCUACUCUUUCGCCUUUCCCCAUGUUCUCCGAGUCUCCCACAGCGCUCACACCCCAACAGCUACCCGAAUCAGCCUUUGUCUUCCCUACACCAUCCGAGAGAAGACGUUCCUCCAUCGCCAUAUUUGGCGGCUAUGAAGAAGAAGAGGAGCCUCUCAAGUACUGGCCCUACUCCAUUCUUCCGCCGCCACACAUCUUCUUCGGUACACUUUUCCCAACCCUCCAAGGCUGGUCUGAAAAGUCCUGGUGGGACAAAUUCGUCAGCUUGAUUUCGGCCCCCUCCGUCUUUGUCCUCGCCAUCACUCUCCCUGUAGUGGAAACCGAGUCCGAGCGCGACGAUGACGACGAAGUGAGUGGUCCCGCUGAAUCCUCCGCAAUCAACCUAAUCCACAGCCAUGGACAACCAGGGCACAUGGCCGUCCCCGUAUCUUUGGAGUCAAGCGCCCACAUCCGCCCUGAAACCGAGUGGCAGGAAUUCCGUCGUCGCACACGUUCCGCUUCUAAUCGGUCUCCCAUGCGCUCACCCUUGGCACGCUCACCCCUCCACUCCCCAUUGACAGCCUCGCCAUCCUACGUAACGCUUGCAUCCCCACGGACGAGGUUGACCUCGGAAGCCAGAGCGCACACCAACGGCUAUACCAAUCUCGGCGCCCAAGUCCAGCAGGCUAUGAAACUCAAUCCGCACCAGCGCUAUGGCCACAGUCGUCACGGAUCCCACCCGACUAUCGUUGAGGAAGACGAGCUCGGCGCUGCCGCCGGACCUACGACUCUGGCCGACAACCACAACCACAACCCCAAUCCCAACCCCAACUCCGACAACGACAACUACAAUGACAACGAUAGCCUGACCGAGAACGGAACCGAAAACGACGAAAAAGCCGCCCAAGAAGGCUGGAGCCGCUGGCUCAUCUCCCUCCAGCUCUUCACAGGUCCUCUCUUCGUCGUGCUUAUAUACUGGGCCAACACCAUCGACGAGCUCCCCUCGCCCGGCCGCACUUUACUCAAAAUGACCCUCUACAGCUUAAUCUUCUCCCUAACCUGCCUUGGCAUUUUACUUUUAACCACACGCGCCGACAAGAAACCCAAAUACCACUUUUUGCUCUGUUUUCUGGGAUUCGUGAUUAGUAUCGCCUGGAUCUCGACCAUAGCCAACGAAGUGGUGGGCAUCCUGAAAGCCUUUGGCGUAAUCUUGGGCAUCAGCGAGGCCAUUCUGGGAUUGACGAUUUUUGCGGUCGGGAAUUCGUUGGGGGAUUUGGUGGCUGAUGUCACUGUUGCUAGGCUGGGGUGGCCGGUUAUGGCUUUAGCAGCCUGCUUCGGCGGCCCCAUGCUCAACAUCCUCCUCGGCAUCGGCCUAGGAGGCGCCUGGAUGAUUGUGUCGUCGGCCAACAAGCGCCACGCCAAGCACCCCGAGUUGCCCUUCAGAUACAAGCCUUAUAAGCUGCAAGUGGGCGGGACGCUGAUGAUUUCGGCCAUUACCGUGUUGGUCACGCUGGUCUCGUUGUUGAUCUUGGUGCCGAGUAAUGGGUGGGUGAUGAAUAAACGCAUUGGAUGGACUCUGAUUGGGAUAUGGACUUUGGGAACGGUCUUCAACCUGGUGGUGGAGACGACGGGGGUUUGGACUGAUGUUAGGUAGUACAUUGAUGAGAGGGGGGUUAAAGAGGGGAGGGGUAGAAAAGGGAAGAUGGGAGGAAGAAGGAAGGAAGGAAAGGAAGGAAGGAAGGAAGGAAGUAGCGAUGAUAUUGAUUUUUAUUUUGAU